AUGAAGUCAUCACUCGUUCUGCUGGCUGUCACCAGCUUGGCGAAUGCCGGAAUAAUGCAAAAGAGAGGAAGUAGCUCGUGGGCUGAUUGGACGACGACGACGACGACGACCACUACCACUACCACCACCACCACAACGACAACCCCCACGACCACCUGGGAAGAUUGGACUACCACGACGACCACGACCACGACUCCAUCGACCACCUGGGAGGACUGGACGACCACGACCACCACUACCACCACCACGACUCCUUCGACCACCUGGGAGGACUGGACCACCACCACCACCACUACUACUCCUUCGACCACUUGGGAGGACUGGACCACCACUACGACCACAACAACGACGACGACCCCAUCUACCACCUGGGAGGACUGGACCACCACCACGACUACCACUACUCCUUCGACUACCUGGGAGGACUGGACCACCACCACCACCACCACCACUACGACUACGACUCCUUCUACUACUUGGGAGGACUGGACCACCACCACCACCACUACGACUACGACUCCUUCUACUACCUGGGAAGACUGGACGACGACGACGACCACCACCACCACCACCACCACCACCACCACUACGACUACGACUCCUUGGGCUGAGUGGACCACAUCUGUUUACACUUCCUCGUGGGCUCCUGCUCCGGCCCCCGUCGAGAGUACUCCAUCGCCAGCCACUUGGUCCGACUGGAGCAGCACGUCGGUCUACCCCUCUGAAACCCCGGUCUAUACCAGCACCUGGUCUUCUGCUAGUCCCGUCUACACCAGCAGCAGCGUCUGGACCAGCAUCGCUCCCAUUGCCAGCACUACCACGGCUGCCCCGGUGGUGACUUAUACCGGCGCUGCCAGCAGCAACAACAAGCCUGCCAUGGCGCUCUUGGCUGGUGUUGUUGGCUUGGUCGCCCUGGCAUAA